AUGAGUCCGUGGCGUUCACCUUGUGUCUACGUUAAGAAGAAGACUGGUGGUGUCCGUAUCUGCGUGGACUAUCGUGAACUAAAUCGUCGGUCCCACAUGUCCGCUUACCCCCUUCCUCGACCUGACUUUGUGCAGGAUGACUUGAAGGGUGCCCGUUUCUUUACAUCUCUGGACCUGAAGUCUGGUUACUGGCAAGUACCCGUCUCUGCCGCUGAUAUCCCGAAGACCGCUUUCUGUCCGGGGAAUGGUUUUCCCCUCUAUGAGUUUUUGCGUAUGCCGUUUGGUCUACAUGAUGCUCCUGCUACUUUCCAGAAACUCAUGGAGGACAUCCUGGGCGACCUACCAUUCGUCAAGAUCUAUCUUGAUGAUAUUUUGAUUUUCUCUCCGGACAUGGAGACUCAUGUUCGGCACCUUCGUGUGGUCUUCGAGAGGUUGUCCGCUGCUAAGGUAACUUUGGGUGCUACUAAAUGUGACUUUGCCAUGGAGGAGAUAUCCUACUUGGGCCAUAUUUAUGACAAGUUUGGUAUGCGUCCCGAUCCUGACCGUGUCCGUUGUAUAAUGGAAUGGCCACUACCUGAGACAGUUCGUGAUGUGAGGCGGUUUAUGGGACUGGUUGGCUAUUACCGUUCUUUCAUUCCACGUUUCACGGCUAUGGCCAAGCCAGUGCAGGAUUUGGUCAGCUUGUGUGCCGACCAACCCGACACUAUUCGCCUACAUUGGAAAGAAGACCAACAGCGUUCCUUUGAGGCCCUUCGUUCGGCCUUGGCCGGUUUGCCCGCUCUCGCCUACCCUGACUUUGACGCCCCUUUCCAGUUAUGUUGUGAUGCAAGUGACUUUGCUAUUGGUUCUGUCUUGGAACAAGAACAUCGUCCGCUAGCGUUCUUUUCUCAAGUUCUUACGGGUGCUCAGCUUCGGUGGCACACGUAUGAGAAAGAAG